AUGUUUUACAUCAGCAUAUUAUUGCAGUUGCUUUUAUCAGCUGCUGUGGCUUCAUGGUCGGUUUCAUACUACCCUAGAAGCAUAUGUGCAUUUGAAAGAUCAUCUGUGGAUUUCAGCUGCAAGUUUGACUGUUCAGAUUAUCGCAUACUUAAAACAACAUAUUGGUUCAAACCAGGAGCUCAUCAGAAACAAGACGGAUCACAGGUGGGAAUAUCUGUCUAUAACUCAGAAGCAGCAAAGAUUCACCAGCUGUACAAAAACAGAACAGCUUAUGCAAACCGAGACAAAAACUGCUCACUGCAGUUACACAAUGUCUCCAAAAGUGACACUGGAAUGUAUUUCUUUCGCUUUGAAACAUAUUCCUCUCGUGGAAAAUACACUGGACCGGGUGGCAUAAGCCUCCGUGUAGCAGUUUUACCCUUUAGAGUAACAGUAAAAACAAAAAAGGUGAAUGAACACAUCCAUGAAGGAGACUCUGUGACAUUGACAUGCAGCACAGAAAACUGCACCCCAACACAAGAGACGUUUGCCUGGUUUAAAAACCAACGUCUGAUUCCAGAAGCCACUGACAGUGUGCUCCAAAUCACCUCUGUCUCUCACGAUGAUUUUGGCAACUACUCCUGCGGUCUGAAGAACAGCAGCACAACUUCAGCAGAUGAAAUAUUGCUUGACGUAAGAUAUAGUCCAAAGAAUGUCAAAAUAGCCGUUUUGUCAUCUGGAAAGAUACAAGAAGGAAACUCACUGACUAUGAUCUGUAAGAGCAAUGCCAAUCCUGCAGUGACAAACUACAGUUGGUUUAUGAUCAAAGAAGCAAACGUCUCUUAUAUAGGAUCUGAUCGUGAAUUCUCCAUCAAAUCUGCCAGUCAGAAGGAUGACGGACAGUACUUCUGCAUUGCUAAAAAUGACAUGGGUUCUCACAACUCUACAGUCACACCACUGAAAGUCGAAGUGCCUAGUCAUCGAAAUUUCUUGCUGACUGCAACAGCUGUGUUUUUGUUUCUGAUGGCUGUACUGUUAAUGUGUGGUCUCAUUAUAAGGAGGAAACUGUUUACAUCAAAGAAGCAGCCCGCAGAACAGACACCUGCAGUCACUGUCACAGAGGAGAUCUAUGAGAACCUGAGAAAAUCACCAGAGUCUGAGGAAAACCUUACCACAUAUGUGACAUAUGUAGACUUAAGGCUUCCUUCCUCAACCUCAGACAGACCACGUUGCAACAGUCAAGAUGUGAUCUACAGCCUUCUUAGUUACAAAGACUGAAUGAAUCUGUGAA